AAUUUUGAAAUCAUGUGCCCGGGAGUUAUCGAUGACCCUGACCACAGAUUCGAGUCUCACCCACCACGGAAAAUAAUCAAACAAAAUACAUUUCCUGAUAAACGGCCUUCGCCUCCGUCGAUUUUAGUCCCCAUGACUUGGAAAAGAGCCAAUGUUACACCAGUUUUUAAAGACAAUGCCAAGGAGAAUGUUGAGAACUAUUGAUCCAUCUCCCUACUAUCGAUCUUAGGAAAAUGUCAGGAAAGAAUUGUCCAUCGUGCCAUCUACUCUCAUGUCACACCUUUUCUUACUGAUUGGCAGCAUGGCUUUGUGAAAGGACGUUCCUGUUUAACCCAGCUGGUCCUCAUUAACCAUAUGUGGAGCAAAGCGCAGGAUGAUUGUCUCCAGGUUGAUGCUGUGUUUUUGGACUUCGCUAAGGCGUUCGAUCGCGUGAACCAUAAGAUUCUACUGCAUAAACUGUGUAACUUUGGAAUAGUAGGGUCACUACUAGCCUGGUGUGGUGAUUAUUUAUCGUGUCGUAAGCAGAGAGUUGUUGUGGAUGGCAAAAGUUCUAGCUGGCUGAAUAUCACAUCUGGCGUGCCGCAGGGGUCCAUUUUGGGCCCCUUGUUUUUUGUUAUUUUCAUCAGUGAUUUGUCUGAGGUAGUCCAAGAAGGCUCUGUGGCACUUUAUGCAGAUGACUGCAAGGCGUGUAGGGUGGUAACUUGUCCAAAUGACCUAAUGAUGUUUCGAGACGAUCUAGAUAGUCUGCGCUUGGAGUCAACGGAACAGGAUGACCUUCAAUGUUAAGAAAUGCAAGAUGAUGCGCGUUACCCGGAAGAAACAACCAUUCAGAUCUAGCUUCACCCUAAACGGAUCGGACAUAGAGGAAGUUUAUGAGUUUCGCGACCUAGGUUUGCCUAUGAGCCAUCAUCUUUCCUGAAACUCUCAUGUUGAUGCUAUUACAAAUAAAGCUAAUAGAAUCUUGGGUCUGCUAAGAAGAACCUGUAGAGGUUGGAAGGACACCGAAACCCUGAAGAUGCUGUACUGCACGUUGGUUAGAUAGCAAGGGGAAUAUGGAACAAUUGUGUGGUCACCACAUACCAAGAGAAACUUUGAAAAGUAUGAGCGCAUACAGCGGAGGGGAACAAAAUUUAUUCUAGGAAAAAGGAAUUUUACUUAUGACGAGCGCCUGAAAUGUCUCAAUUUGCUUUCACUUGAAAUGAGAGGUUACCUUUUUGAUGUUACAUUUUUGUACAAGGCUUUAAAUGGAUACUUAAAUGUCCGCUUUUGAAUUUUGAUUCUCGGGACGAUCCGUUCAGAUUUAGACAUGUUGAUGACUAUUCCUUGAAGAUGAAUUUUGUGAGAACGACUAAUUUUAAAUCCAAUUAUUUUAAUAGAAUUGUUGAAAUGUGGAAUUCGAUACCCUUAGAUAUUAGAUUAUCUCCUAGUCUUGCAGUUUUUAAGUCUAGAGUAAGGAGGUUUUUGAGUAAGGAACAUUGACGUUUUUAAUGUUUUUAUUUUUUAUCUAAAAUUUUUCUGUCCGUCAUUAUGUUUGACUUAUUUAGAUUAGCUAAACGGUGAUCUGUCUUGCAUGGACUGUUCCACUCUUUUACAGGUUAUCCUUAUGGCUUUGUUUGUUUGUACAUUUAGAUUUAUUUAUUUGUCAUCAUUGCCAUUAAAUUGUAAUAAAUAAAUGCAUAGGCUCUUGGCGUAUAAAACGAAGUUCAUGCUCGGUAAACGGCCGUGACGGCUACCGGAAAUGCUUCCACAAUAUUCAUGCCCAGGGGCAAUCUCGCGUUAAUAUUUGUAUGCGUUCGGUAACGUUGUUACCUGUCACUAAUUAGUGGACGGAGUAAAAGGGCAAAAUGUCAUAAGUGAGUGUAGUGAUUUAUAUAAUUAAUCAUUAGCCAUCGUACUCCGGAAAUAAAAAUUAAAAACACUUUCGCACAGAGCUGAACCUUGCACGGAGGCGAGUAACUCUCACAACCAAAGUGACGGGUUCACAUGGUUAAUAAACAAUCAAAAGAAAAUAUUUAUAGCGUAACAAUAUAUUCAAAUUUUGUACGUUGCCUCCUGCUGCCUUCUCCUCGUGUUUCGCCGGUUCAAAAAUUGCUCUGCCUUGUAAACUGAAGCAAAUUGUCCCUGUUUCUAAAGCCACGACCCGCUAUCAUGUCUCUCACCGAGGAAAAUUGGCAAACAACACGACCUACAAUCAAAGAAAGAGCCAAGUUUGUUUUCAACAACGAUCGUUUCAGCGAUGUGAAGUUCGUUGUUCGGAAGAUGGAUGGUGAAAGCGAAAAAAAACAAGUGAUUCCCGCUCACAAAUUGGUGCUAUCGAUCAGCAGUCCUGUGUUCGAGGCCAUGUUCUACGGCGAGUUGCCGGAGACUAGAGACUCUAUUGAACUGCCUGAUUGUGACUACGAGAGUCUGUUGGAGUUGUUCCGUUACAUGUACAGCGAUGAAGUGUGUUUGAAUGGUAGCAAUGUUAUGAGAGUAUUGUAUUUAGCGAAGAAAUACAUGAUGCCUUCACUGGCUGAGAGGUGCUCAGAAUAUCUUCAAGAAAACUUGGAUCCAUCCAAUGUUUUUAGUAUCCUUCCAGCCGCACAGAAAUAUCAAGAGAAAGACCUGACGCAACGAUGCUGGAAAGUGAUCGCCGAAAAGACGAGGGAAGCUUUGAAAACGGAUGAUUUUGCGACACUUCAGAGGUCCUUACUUAACGAAGUAAUCAUAAGAGACAAACUGACGAUUGAAGAGAUAGAUCUGUUUAAAGCUGUUGACUUGUGGGCCACAGAGGAAUGUGUGAGGCAAGGUUUAGAGGCAAAUGGUGACACAAAAAGAACAAUUCUUGGAGAAGAAAUUGUCAAAGCCAUCCGCUUCCCAACAAUGAAAGUUGAAGACUUUUCAAGUGCGGUGCUGGACAGUGACAUUUUAACAAAACAAGAAAUUAUCAGUAUCAUCAAGUAUCUUAAUUCAAUCACCAAGUCUGUAGAAGGUUUUUCGACCGUGAAGAGGUUUGGUGAAAUCAAACGUAGCUGCAGACUGGGCUUAAAAUCAGACAACCCCUGGAGUUAUCCUACUCGAAGAGAUUGUAUCAACGUCUCUGUGGACAGGGAUGUGUCGUUACACGCGAUAAGCUUCUUUGGAAAGGAAAAUCACACUUACCCGGUUACCUUAGAGCUGAUAGAUAAUACAAGCAAUUUAGUUAUGACCUCAAAAACAGCAUCAUUUCCCACAGAGUUGUUGCAGUGCGAGAAAUGCAGCUACUAUGGUUUUGAGGUUUAUUUCGACAAGCAAAUUACUAUAAAGAAAAACACCUCCUAUGCUAUAAGUGCUUUGAUAUCAGGUCCACCUUCGUGCCAAGGAAUUGGUUGUGUUGGUUCAAUUCAAUGCGCAGGUGUAACAUUCACAUUUACGAACAAUGAAUCCUCAACAAACGGAACAAGCGCAAUGUGCGGUCAAUUUCCAGAAUUCUUGUUUUCUUUAAUUUGAAAUAAUAGUAAUUUAGUUAUACUUUAUGAGACUG